CCACUUUUUACUUUUCGCUUAUUUCUGCUAAAAAUCAUGAAUCAACCAUUAAAUCCGCGACAAAACCAACAACAAGCAAAUCAACAGCAUUUACUGCAAAACCGGCAGCAUAAUAUGCAACAAAAUCAAGCAUUGCAACCAGCAUAUUAUAAUAUGUAUAAUGGAAACAGUAAUAUUUUCAAUGACCCAUUUAUUACCACGUCAAAUAAAAAUGACAAUAAUGUUUCAAUUGUGCUCUUAGAAUCGUAUCGUUAA